GAUUAACUGCUGUCAAAGAGAUGGUGAACAGUACUUGUAUCAGCUUUGACUUUACAGGAAAAUUCCUGCCGCCUGUCUACAUUUUAGUUUUCAUCAUUGGCAUGGUAGCUAAUGGAUGGGGAUUGAGGUCAUUGCUGCAGAAAUGGGAGAAACUGGGGAAUAUCGGCAUUCUUGUUUUCAACCUUGGACUUGCAGACAUUUUGUAUCUGCUCACGCUCCCUUUUUUGAUGGUGUACUACUUCAAGAAUGAUAUGUGGAUCUUUGGAGAUGCCUUCUGCAAGAUCACAAGAUUCUGCUUCAACCUGAAUUUAUACGGCAGCAUUGGAUUCCUCACCUGUAUAAGUGUGUACAGGUACCUGGCUAUUGUCCAUCCAAUGAGAGUGAUGGGAAGAAUAAGGGUCACUUACUCUGUGGCUAUCUCAGUCACAGUUUGGCUGCUGGUGAGUGCUCAAAGCCUUCCAGAUAUGUUUUACCCCAAAGCAUCCAUGAACAGAACUGAGAAAUGUUUUGAUACAACUUCUAACCAACAUAUCGAAGAUUAUUUGAAAUACAGCUUGGGACGGACACUCACCGGUUUCCUUAUCCCAUUGUUCAUCACUCUGAGCUGCUAUGGACACAUGAUUGCCGUUCUCUGCCGUAACGAUAACAUUGAUGAGGUACUGAAACAAAGAAGCUUAAAGUUGUUGUACAUCUUGAUUCUACUGUUCUCUGUUUGUUACAUCCCAUAUCAUGUAUUUAAAAAUCUCAACCUCUGGUCGAGACGGGAUGUAAUUCAGGGGAUGUGUCAUAAAUGGUCUAAUGGAGUCUACAUUGCUCAGCAGAUAAGUCGUGGCCUUGUGUGUCUGAACAGUGCACUCAAUCCUCUAGUUUACCUGCAUCUAAGUGAAGAUAUUUGUUCCCAGUUCAGACAACUGUUCCAGCAAACUCGACAAGCUGUCAUGAGUCUAUAUACCUCUACCCAAACUUCAGUCGUGCAUACGUAAAAUGUGCUGAUUAUUGCAUCAUCUGAGGCUGCAGCAUAUUUACUGAACUGGGUGAGGGUUUUGGAUCUGUUGUAUGAUUUAUGUUGCUUUUAAUAUGCUCAAAGGUCGUGUAAGAAAGAAGCAAACAAAAACUCUUGAGUGUUGCUUUUUUACUUUCUGAAAUAUAUUGCAGGGACAGUGCAUUGCAUUUGUGAUCAAAAGUGUCAAGCACUGGAGGUUUGCAGCAUGAAUGUGUGAAAAAAAACAGGAUAUGAUUAUGUAUGCUUCACUGUUAACAGUUGGUUGACAUUUACAGCACAUCACAGGCAUGUAUACACCCUUAAAGUAAAGUUGUUUUCAUAUCUUUGAGGGGUUUUGAACAGGAAUAUUUGUCAGAGUGAAGAUUUAAACCGAGCCUCCUCAUUCUUGUUGUGCUGCCAAAGAAAAACUGAAGACAUUUCUUGUAUAUUUUCUUUUUUUUAGUAACAAGUGCAAAGUUAGUGUUCUUUUU